AUCUUGGUGGUGUGUUUCAUAGUUAAUAGAUCUUGGACGAAUAAAUUAUGUAAAGAACAAACAAACAAAUCCUUAAGCAAUCUAUAAAAAAUUUAAAUUUUCUCGAGAAAACCUUUCCUUAUAUAACCCCUUCUCUUCCUUUCCUUUUUCCAACACCAAACACUCAAAAAUCUCCCAAUUUCCCAACCAACAAACCCAAUUUUACAAGCAAUUCCCAUCAUUUUCAUGGCUUCCAGAGGGCUCCAGAUGACUCUAGUCCUGGUCCUGGCGGCCAUGUUUUGGGGUGGAGUCAUGGCUCAGUCAAACUCAAACUGCAACGAUGUGCUCACAAGCAUGGCGCCUUGCCUCAACUUCCUUACGGGAAACUCAUCGACCCCUUCAAAUUCUUGCUGCUCUCAGCUCGGAGCCGUCGCGAAAUCUUCCCCGGAUUGCCUUUGCGCUGCUCUCAACGGCAGUGUUCCUUCAAUGGGGAUCAAUAUUAACCGAACCAUUGCUCUUUCCCUUCCUGAUGCCUGUCAAGUUCAAACUUCUUCAAUUGACCAGUGUAAACAAGCCAUUACUCCCGCAGCUUCACCUCCAGGUUCUCCAUCAACGACAAGCCCUUCUUCAGGUUCUGCAAAUACAACUACGCCGCCGGCCUCAGGAUCGACGUCUACAUCAACAACACAAGAUUCAUCUGAUGGAGGCAUCAGAAGAACACCUAUUCAUUUUGUUCUCUUCCUUCUCUUCGUCGCAUCGUGUGCUUCAACAAUCGCUAAAUUCUGAGUCUUCUUCUGAGAUUUUUUUAGUCUGUUGUAGUAUUAUUGACAAAUAACAAUAUUCUUUUCCAGUUUCCGUUUGAGGAUGAUGCUCAUUGUUGAUUAGAGAAGUGUGGUUUUUGUAUUAUUAUUUAUCGGGGUUGUUUAAUAAAAGAUCAAUGACUAUUGGCU